UGGCGCAGCCGGAAGGGGCGGAGCUGAGGUGGCGGCGCCUGAGACGACAGCGGCGACGGCGGCUCUGGAGGCCGCAAUCCCGGUCCUGGCUUCGGCCCCAGCCCCACCAUGGUGACGCUCGCUGAGCUGCUGGUGCUCCUGGCUGCCCUCCUGGCCACGGCCUCGGGCUACUUCGUCAGCAUCGACGCGCAUGCCGAGGAGUGCUUCUUCGAGCGGGUCACCUCGGGCACCAAGAUGGGCCUCAUCUUCGAGGUGGCCGAGGGCGGCUUCCUGGACAUCGACGUGGAGAUUACAGGGCCUGAUAAUAAAGGAAUUUAUAAAGGAGACCGGGAGUCCAGUGGGAAAUACACAUUUGCUGCUCACAUGGAUGGAACAUAUAAGUUCUGUUUUAGCAAUAGGAUGUCCACCAUGACUCCAAAGAUAGUGAUGUUCACCAUUGAUAUUGGGGAGGCCCCCAAAGGACAAGACAUGGAAACAGAAGGUGGUGGAGAUACCUGGGAUGCUCACCAGAACAAGCUAGAAGAAAUGAUUAAUGAGCUCGCAGUGGCGAUGACAGCUGUAAAGCAUGAACAGGAAUACAUGGAAGUUCGGGAGAGAAUACACAGAGCAAUCAAUGACAACACAAACAGCAGAGUGGUCCUUUGGUCCUUCUUUGAAGCUCUUGUUCUAGUUGCCAUGACAUUGGGACAGAUCUACUACCUGAAGAGAUUUUUUGAAGUCCGGAGGGUCGUUUAAAAAGCCUUUUCCUGAUGAUCCGAAACUCAUAAUUCACUGUUUACCAAACAUCUUGGUCAUAAUAAUGUCAUUAGUUUCUACGUUUUUAUUUUCUAAACUGUACAUUCACAGCUUCUGUUUCUUUGUGAUUAAUAGAUAUUGGGGGAAAACACUUUUUUAGGAAAGUUAUAGUGAAAAUUUGACAUGUGAUUGGCAUUUCAUAUUUCAGUUCUUUCUCCAUAUACAGGUCCUUCCAGAACUCAAACACUGUAAGUGGAACAUAGGUGUAUAGUCCUUAUUAUAUCUUCUUUCCUUUUGUUUUCAUAGUAAAAUGCAGUUUGUUCAGGAUAGUACUUUACUGAUAGUACUUUACUAAAAAUGACUGCAUUCUUGGGAUCCCUUAUCCUGCAGUUCAAGUCAUUAAAGGUUCAUUUUGUUGUUGAGUCCUUAUCAGAAACAACAAUCUGAAUCUUGACAUUUUCUGUCCAGCCUAAUGGCAGAGCUCUGUGACUAGAGUAUGCUACCAGGUUGGUACUUUUAUACUUUGUCUAUCUUGUUUUUGCUUUAAAGAUAAGACUUAAACCAACAACCUUUUUCCCCUUUAAAGUUUUACUUUGAACCUUGGAACUCAAUCACCUCCACUUAAAAUUGUUGCCACAAGCGGCUAAUAACCAUUUUUCGGUUUCUGCCUAACCUUGUAAGAAGCCUCUAUUAAAGCCAGUUCUCUGGGUGGUGCCGUGACCGGCGGCUCUUUUUCCUUCUGUGCUGGCACACCCACUUUCUCUACUCUUGGCACGGAGGAGGUGUGCGUUCACGUAAUUGGAAAAAUCUGGAUUUCUGAAGCCAGAGGGUUAAAAGCCUCUUGGACUUCUUUGCAGUGAUAUACAGCCACUAUUUUAUUUUUGAUCAGUGGCAUUUUGGCCACUGUUUAAUUAGUGUACUGAGCAUUACUGUCAGUACUAGGGUGUUUGUUUUUGUUUUUCUUGGGUCUUUCUUUUUUUGGCACAUGUGAAUUUUGUUUUGUAUAAAACGAAAUGACUUUCUCUUGGCCUCUGAUGAUGGGUUUAAAAUUAAAGGAGCAUCUAGUUUUGGUGUGGGGAUGAUCCAGGAUUAUGUUGUGACUGAUGUAUAUUGGUUACUUGUACUUUUGUUUUGGAUCUUUGCAAGGGGAAAACUACAAGUAACGAGUUUGAUAUAAUUAAUUUAAAUUUGUUACAGGUUUUCAUGUUCAGGACAAACAAUUUUUCAACCUUGGGUGAAAAUACUUGCAACAGUUUAAGGUGACUGUGUUUUACCUUAGGACAACUGUUGCAUGCCAAUUUGUGUGCGUGUGUGUGUGAAAACACUUCAAAAUUGAGUUAAAAGAUGUAAAUUUAAAAUUGGUUGUGUAUCUAAUCUGCCCCAGGUCCAGUAAAUAAACAAUUCUUUUAAAAAACA